UGUUAGUCAGAAAAUCCAAGAGGACAAUGGAAAACAGAACAGAGGGAAGUAAAGAAAGGAUGGAAUCAACCCAUGUGAUAUCCAUUUCGAAUGGAGAAGAAAAUAUCGCUGCUAGGGAGAAUGAAAAACCAUUCCAAUUUUCACUUACACUUCCUCCCAUUUUCUGUCGCCUUAGAGAAAACAAAAUCCUUCAUUGUUCUCUUCUCAGGGACAAGCAAAUUAAGCAAGACACUAAGAAUAUGAUUCACAGUGUCAAGGUUGGGUUUUCCCUGGUAUUGAUUUCCCUUCUGUACCUCUUGGAUCCUCUCUAUGAGCAAGUUGGAGACAAUGCAAUGUGGGCCAUCAUGACUGUUAUAGUCAUCUUUGAAUUCUCUGCAGGUGCUACACUAGGAAAAGGUUUAAAUCGUGGAAUGGGAACUAUAUUAGGAGGUGGACUUGGUUGCAUAGCAGCAGUUUUGGCUCAGAACCUUGGUGUGGUUGGGGACUCAGUUAUGAUUGGUACUUCAGUAUUUAUUUUUGGGACGAUUGGGACUUAUAUUCGAUUGUUACCGAGCAUUAAGAAGAGAUAUGAUUAUGGGGUGAUGAUUUUCAUCUUGACAUUCAACCUUGUGGUGGUGUCUGGUGUGCGCACUGAUCAGAAAGUGUGGGAGAUAGCACGUGAUCGUCUUUUAUCAAUUGUGAUGGGUUUCAUUGUUUGCAUUUGUGUGAGCUUGUUCGUUUUCCCCUUAUGGGCUGGUGAUGAACUUCAUGGAUCCACAGUCUCAAGAUUCCAACACCUUGCAGACUCAUUUCAAGGGUGCUUGGAGGAAUAUGUCAUUGUCAAAUCCUCUGAUGAAAAAGAAACUAAGGCUGGUGCUGGUGCUCCUGCUAGCUUCUCUGUUUGCAAGUCAUUGUUGAGCUCCAAGUCAAAGGAUGAGUUGCUGGUAAAUUUUGCAAAAUGGGAACCCAGGCAUGGAAAAUUCGGGUUUUGCUACCCUUGGGAGAAAUAUCUAGAGAUUGGAGACGUUCUUCAAGAAUUGGCUGCUAUUAUUCUAGCUCUGGGAGGUUGCCUCCAAGCCUCAAAAAAGCCUAUGUCAUUGGCCUCUAAGAAUGAAACAGCCCAUUUGGAAUCAUGUGAAGCAAUUGGGUCACAGAUCGUGUGGGCUCUGCGAGAACUUGAAGACAGCAUGAAGCAAAUGAGGAAGUAUCAAACGGAGCCUCACAUUUCAUCUAAAUUGAAAUCAGCAAGACAAGAUAUAAGCUUGAUGAUUUCCACGGCCAAAAUAGCAGCAGCACUUGAGAAUAUUGAUGAUGAUAAUGAUGCACUUGCAACCGUGAGCUUCGCGUUCUUACUCAGGGAAGUGGUGGACAAAGUAGAGGAAUUGACCAAAGUGGUGGAUGAACUUGGAGACAUUGCUGGCUUUCGUGCUCAUUCAACUCAGUAAACGCUAUGCAUUAUGCAGUACAAAUGCACAUAAAUUAUAGGCCACUUGCUGAUUGUUUUAUUAUCAUCAGCCUUUUAAGAGCCAUUGUGUAAUGCUUAUGGACUUGUGUCCAUCAAAGUAUGUAACCGGAGUCAAACUUAAUAUAAGUAAAUAAACAAGA